AUUCCGCGAGCCUGGGAAGAAGCAGCUGCCGCCUUGCCGUGCAGCGCGCGAGCAGGGGAGCCGUCAGCGGUGCUUCUCCUAACAUCUCUGGAAACGGGACGCGGGAACCGGGCAGCGGAGGUCGCGCCUUUCUAUCCUCCGCGACUCCAAUCUCCAGUGAAGAGCGGCGCGGAGGGACGAUGCUCGUGCCGGAGAGGCGCCUUUAAGCAAAACUCGUUUCCUCCCCCCCCCCCCUACAAAGGCAGCAGCUCUCUCGCUUCCCUCAGGGCUAGCUCGACUGAAGCAAGGCUGCUGCCGCCACCAUCACCAUGCUCCCCCUUUUCUUUAGCCGCCAGCCCCCUUCCCCUGCCUCCUGGUUCGGGAGGAACUGAACUGUCGUUGCACAGGAAGUAGCGACUGCUGGGAGCCCACACGGACACACACACACACACACACACACAAACACACAAAACACAGAGGCAUACUCGACCACACUCGCACAGGCAGAGGCAGCUGGUUCUGCCGCACUCUGGGCACAAGGCUUCAUCCCGGCGCCGCUACAACCGGAUUCCUUUACGCCUUUUCCGGAGCGGUGUCCCAGCCUCCGCAGAGCAGAGGCGGCUGCUAGGGUCGCUGGCGCCGAAGAAAAGUGGGCGCACGGCUGCUUAACGGGAGAAGGACGAAGGGGCCGCGGCCGCGGGAUCAAGGCUCUGGGAGCCGAGCUGGGGAGCAGCCGCGGAGGCGGCGAGGACUGCAGGCUAACAUAAAAUAAUUAAGACACAUGAAAUAGUGUCCACUUCUGCUGACUGUUGGCUUCCUGCAACUUGGUGGUUCGAUUCUCACUGGCUCAAGGUUGACUCAACCUUCCAUCUUUCCAAGGAUUGUUAUUCUGAGUGAAGGACCUUGCAAACGCUAAUAAGGGACUAUCAUGGGCAUUCUUGCAUUUCUGAAGACCCAGUUUAUAGUUCACCUCCUGAUCGGAUUUGUCUUUGUUGUGAGUGGCUUCAUCAUUAACUUCAUCCAACUAUGCACGUUAAUCCUCUGGCCUAUAAACAAGCAGUUUUAUCGACAAGUAAACUGUCGCCUUUCCUAUUCAUUGUGGAGCCAGUUAGUGAUGUUGCUGGAAUGGUGGUCUGGAACAGAAUGCACUUUAUUCACAGACCAGGCCACAAUUGAUAAGUUUGGAAAAGAACAUGUCAUCAUCAUUCUCAACCACAACUUUGAAAUAGAUUUUCUGUGUGGCUGGACCAUGACAGAACGGUUUGGUGUGUUAGGGAGUUCAAAAGUUCUUGCAAAGAAAGAACUAUUGUUUGUACCCAUAAUUGGCUGGACGUGGUACUUCUUAGAGAUCGUUUUUUGCAAAAGAAAAUGGGAAGAAGACAGAGACACUGUUGUUGAAGGGUUAAAACGACUAGCCGAUUAUCCUGAGUAUAUGUGGUUUCUAUUAUACUGUGAAGGAACUCGAUUUACAGAAACUAAGCAUCGUAUCAGUAUGGAAGUGGCUGAAUCCAAAGGAUUGCCUAAACUCAAGUAUCACUUGUUGCCCAGAACCAAAGGUUUUACGACUGCUGUCCAAUGUCUCAGGGGAACAGUUUCAGCAGUGUAUGAUGUAACAUUAAACUUCAGAGAAAACAAAAACCCAUCUUUAUUAGGAAUCCUUUAUGGAAAGAAAUAUGAAGCAGAUAUGUGUGUCAGGAGGUUUCCUUUAGAAGAUAUCCCUUUGGAUGAAAAAGAAGCAGCGAAGUGGCUUCAUACACUUUAUCAGGAAAAGGAUGCCUUACAAGAGAAGUAUAAUCAAGAAGGCUUAUUUCCUGGGCAACAAUUUAAACCUCCCAGAAGACCAUGGACUCUCCUCAACUUUCUCUUCUGGGCUGCUGUUCUUCUCUCUCCUCUUUUCAAAUUUGGUUUUGGAAUUUUUGCAAGUGGAUCCCCUCUUCUGAUUCUUGCAUUCCUCUGCUUUGUUGGGGCAGUAUCCUUUGGAGGCCGCAGACUGAUAGGAGUAACGGAAAUAGAAAAGGGCUCCAGCUAUGGCAACCAAGAAUUCAAGAAAAAGAAAUAAUUUUACAAAUGCAUUUUUGACUAUAAAAGACAAUGGUAUCAAAUUAACUUCAUUGGAAAGAAAGACACUUAGAAAACUUAUCUUCUUUUCUUAUUAACUGCUAACUAACAAUACUUGAGCCAAGACUGAAGAAUUUGGAAGAUUCAAGAGACAUGGAAAAAGCUGAUUACUUACCUGACCAAGGAUCCUUGUAUUUGUAGUUUUUGAAGAGAAAUUUGGUCUUAACCUCAUGGGGUUUUUUGUUUUGGUUUUGUGGCAGAUAGGAAGAUGAAUUAACAGAGGGAAAUACAAGCAUCUUCAGAUAACUUUAUCUUUUAAGAGUGUCACAUUUGCUUUGCAGGAGAAAUUACUGAAUGUUUCUUCUUGCUAAAAUAAAAUUUCUGUUCUUAGGAUUUAAAAAAAAAAACAAAUCAGCAUAGAAUACAGCAAACUACAGCGUCUAGUUUAUUUACAAAUGUUUCUUGUGGAAGAUUUCACUUGAAAAAAGCUGCAUCAUUCUUCCAGGCAUUUUAUUUUAAAGGUAUUUUUAUUUUAAUAAUUAUUACCUUCCACAAAAACAGUGGUAUUUUGAUGUUAGCAUCAUCCAACAGAUCAAUGCAUCCUUUCAACCAAAACUUCCUAAAACGUAAUGCAAUUCUAAUCUCUUUCAUUUUUGCACAUCUUUCUACUCAGUGUUGCCCUAAUUAAAGCUGAAAUAUGUUUGGCUCAAUUGCUUAUAUAGAUAUUGCUUUGCUUUUUCCUUUCUUUGAAAACAAAACAAAACAAAAGUGACAUGACGAGCCAGUAAUUUAAAUCUACAUAUCUCAAGAGUGCUCAGUCUCUAGGUCUUGAGAGUUUCUUCAAAAAGUCUCUUCUGCUCAAACUCUUCUGCAUGGUGUGUUAUGAAACACAUGAAAAAAACCAGCACAGCACUAUGAAAAGAUCUUACAUUGAGAACUAGGGGACAAGGUGGUACCUCUAGGACUCAAACCUGAUAUAUGCUUACUUGAAAAGAUUUUAAGCUGAAAUCAGAAGAGAUAUUUUCCAAGUAAACAUGUUGAUGGGGUAGGAUCUAAGUUGCCUGGUUAUCCAUAUAUGUUGCCAUGUAAACCAACAGUUGCUUAAAUACCUAAACAUUGGAGGUUGGGGUAAGGUUAUACCUUUUUUACAAAUUUUCUGCCAUGCUAAUGUUACAAUAAUGUUUUUUACUCUCUCUGGCUUGGAAAUAUACCCAGAGGAGCUAAAUAGCUUUAUGUGGCAUCCAUAUCCAAUUCCAGUGCAUGGGCGGUGCCUCCAUUUGGAAAGGCUGAAGUGGACUGCAUGCCAGCCAAAUUUAGAUUUAUAUGGCAGCUCUUUAAUGGUUAUUGUAUGUAAAUAGUUUACCACCAGGAAGAAACCUCAUAGAAUCUGCGAGCGGAUAUCUUUAAUCUGUAGCUGUGCUGACUGAUGUUUGCAAAUACUUAGAAAGGAAGUAUUAAUUUAUUAGCAUGUGGUCAUGGUGGUUUCCUUUUUUUCAGUGUUGGAAAGAAAUUUGACAUCAGUUCAAUCCAUACAUACGUACAUACAUACAAAAUCUGACUCAGCUUUAUAAUUAAAAUUCUUCAUAAACAUAGAUCUUUAUCUGAUUUAUAUUAUUUUAAUAAUUCUCCUAAAUAGUUAUUUUUUAUAGCCAAAAGUAAAUAUGUCAUAUUUUACCUUCAAACACUAACCGUACACUUAAGGUUCUCUAUCUUUUGGAGCUCAUUUUAAGUGUUUUCAUAGUUAGAUUUUGUAACUCAUCUCUAGCAGUGGGAACUACUACAGCAAAGUCUGAUGCACAUUUGUUUAUUUUCUGUGUGAAUACAUGCAUAUUUAGAAUACAACUUUUUGCUGCAUUGUUCCCCUUUGCACUACCAGGCCCAGAAUAAACAGUAAUCCUUCCUACAAAGAAUCAUAUUCACCUUGUCUAUAAGGAUUGGGAGCUCUGAUUCACUUCACUGGAAGUUGAAUAAGGUGAUUUUGGGGGAAGUGGCAGAAUCCACACAUAAUCUCUUAUUCACUCAGUAAAUUGUUCUGUUUGUGUUUGUUUUUAAAUAGUUAAGAAUGAUUCUGUUUUCUGACUAGGCAAACAUUUUUUUUUAAGCUUGAUAAAUAAGUCUUGCUUGUUGGAAGUUUUUUCCCUUUGGCAGAUAGUAUAUAAUUGCUUUCUGACAAAGAUGUUGAAAAUAUUUCUAACAGAAAACAAGUAGAAGGACCUCAUGUUUUGUGUUGCAGUUAUAAGGAGUUCUGUGCUGAUAGAUUAAAAAUGAGAUAUUUUGACAGGAAUAAAUGGGACAGGGUGGGAUCGGAGGGAGGGUCAUUGAGAAUAUUGCUACAAGGAAGAAUAAACAGGUGUCCACUUUCUGCUUAAGGCAGAUAAUAGAAGGUAGUGCAUGCCUAUUAUGGGGAGGACAAAUGUGUCCACACUUCUGUUUUAUUUUCAAAUCCUAACAUACUGAUCAUAUUUGUUUUAAAACCAUAGUAGAUGUUGUUUGAAGUCUCAAAAAACAAACUCACUUUGAAAACUAAAGUGUACAACACUGCACAAUGACAGCUCAUCUUUUUGAUUUGUCUUUCAAACAAAAUAACAAAUAAGCAGAGUAUGUGAAAGAAUAUUUCUUAAAAUAGCAGUGUACGGCAUAAAGAAUAUCAGUUUCUUUGGAUUGGAACAGUCAGAAUAGAUUUUAUACUUUCCACUAUUUUGUUCUGGUUUAAUAGAACAUAGCCUGUAUAUUUGACUAUCAAGCCCUUUGAGAGCAAUAAUAAACGAAAUAUAUCGUA